AUGAUCCAAUCGAGAUUAAGAUCAAUUAGCCCAUUAAGGGCCGCGCUCUCGACGAGGACAUUCUCGUCAACUUCACAAACAAGAAGCUCGUCAGAUCCAAAUGAAAUCAAUCGAUUUAGUAAAAUCAUUACACAACCAAAAUCUCAGGGUGCUUCACAAGCAAUGCUUUACGCUACUGGUUUCUCCGAAGAAGACUUGAACAAGGCUCAAGUUGGUGUAGCCAGUGUAUGGUGGUCUGGUAAUCCUUGUAAUAACCAUUUGCUGGAUUUAAAUUUUCGCGCAUCCAAAGGUGUCGAAUUAGCGGGCCUGAAGGCUAUGCAAUUCAAUACUAUUGGAGUCAGCGACGGUAUUUCUAUGGGUACAAAGGGUAUGAGAUAUUCUUUACAAUCGCGUGAAAUCAUUGCCGAUUCUGUUGAAACUUUAACUAUGGCUCAACAUUACGAUGCGAACAUUUCCAUUCCUGGCUGUGACAAGAACAUGCCUGGUGUCUUGAUGGCCAUGGCCCGAGUCAACCGUCCUUCAAUUAUGCUUUACGGUGGUACUAUCAAGCCUGGCCGAUCUGCUUGUACCGGCACUGAGGAUAUUGACGUCGUUACCGCCUUCCAAGCAUAUGGUCAAUAUAUUGGUGGUUCUAUCAAUGAAGAGACCAGAGCGGACAUUAUCAGACAUGCUUGUCCUGGCUCAGGUGCCUGUGGUGGUAUGUACACUGCUAACACUAUGGCUUCGGCGGCAGAAGUAAUGGGUAUGACUCUUCCUGGGUCCUCUUCAUUCCCAGCCGAGUCCAAGGAGAAGCUCCAGGAAUGUAUUGACAUCGGUCUUGCCAUGAGAAAGCUGUUAAAGAUUAAUUUGCUGCCUCGUGACAUUAUGACUAAAAAAGCAUUUGAGAACGCUAUUGCAUACAUUAUUGUCACUGGUGGCUCUACAAAUGCUGUUCUGCAUUUAAUUGCAAUUGCUCACUCUGCUGGUGUGGAGCUCACUAUUGACGAUUUCCAACGUAUUAGUGACAACACUCCUCUCCUGGCUGAUUUCAGACCUUCUGGUAAAUAUGUUAUGGCUGACUUGCAUCAAUAUGGAGGUACUCCUUCUGUCAUGAAGACUUUACUUGAACAAGGUAUCCUUGAUGGGUCUACCUUGUCUGUGACAGGUAAGACGAUGAAUGAGACUCUGGCAGAUACCAAACCUUUACCAAAGGAGCAAACAAUUUUUGCUUCUCUGUCAAAGCCCCUCAAACCUAGUGGACAUUUACAGAUUCUUCGUGGUUCGCUUGCGCCUGGUGGAUCCGUUGGUAAGAUUACCGGUAAAGAAGGAACCUUCUUCCAGGGUACAGCUCGUGUGUUUGACGAGGAAGAUGAUUUUAUUGCCGCACUUGAGAAUGGUGAAAUUAAAAAGGGAGUUAAGACUGUUGUAGUCAUCAGAUAUGAGGGCCCGAAGGGUGGUCCAGGUAUGCCUGAAAUGCUCAAACCUUCUAGUGCUCUAAUGGGGUAUGGUUUAGGUAAAGAUGUCGCUCUCCUUACUGAUGGUAGAUUCAGCGGUGGCUCCCACGGUUUCCUCAUUGGCCAUAUUGUACCAGAAGCCGCUGAAGGUGGUCCAAUUGCUUUAGUGGAAGAUGGCGAUGAAAUUCUUAUUGAUGCUGAGAAGAAUAUCAUUGACUUACAUGUACCUGAAGACGUUCUUGCUAAGCGUAGAGAAGCAUGGGUUGCCCCCCCUCCAAGAUAUACGAGAGGAACUCUGUCGAAAUACGCCAAGCUUGUGUCUAAUGCCAGUCAAGGUUGCGUUACCGACAACUUUUAA